AUGGAAACAGGACUCGACGCGGUCUGCGAAGAUGUUAACCUGUUCGAGGCGGAAGUCCGUGACUACCUGAAAAAUCAUAACAAGAUAAAGGGCGUAAAUCCCGAAUUCGUCGCAUCUCGCGCUGGAUCUAUGGAAGAUACCGCCUUUCAGCCCAUGCUCGACCUGGUGCUCUCCAUUACCGGCUCUUUCGAGACUCUGAGAAACCUCAGCCCUCAGAAGAGUUCUUCCCUGCUCUGCCUAGAGAACUCGGUCCUCGCUAAACGAUUGAAGAUAGCCCAAGAUAAGCUAUGCAUCGUACGCGACAAGAUGGAAGAUAAAUACGAAAGGGCGUGCGCCGACCGAGACGAGAACCAGGACCGUUUCGACCAGCUACAAGAGAACCUCGAUAAUUUAGAGGCUAGUUCUAGCCCCAAUAUAAUCAUGUUCGAGGCGACUAAGGCGAAUCUAGAAGCCCAAACCCGGCUGGAACAAAGCGAGGCCGAUUUAAAAGAAGAGACGAAGAAGCUUAAAGAAAGCGAAACCAAAUUAAAACAGAAUAUCCAGAAUAUCGGAAAUAACGAAUCUCAAUUAAAGGAAAAGGUGAGGAAGCUAUCAGAUAAGGUAGAAGCUCUAGAGGAGAACAAGGUUUUACUUCAAAAGCAAGGGAAUACGCUGGUGGAUACCACAAACCGGCUACGGGAUGAGAAAAAAUCAUUAAAACAGAGCGAGGCCCAACUAAUACAAGAGAAAAGUCAGCUCGUGACUGAUCACGCCGCAUCAGUAACAGAGCUAAAAGACCAAAUAGCUUCUUUAGAGUUAAGGCUCCGGAUUCUGCAGGAUGCUACAGAUAAAUACAAGCGCGACUUGGACCAAGAGAAGACGCUAAGUACAGUCACCCUCUACGACAAGAAUACCGAGGCCGAGUACGAUAUUCUAGAUGCCAACAAAGAGAUCGAAAGACUCGAGAAACAAAUCAGCGAGGGGAAAGAAAAUCUAGAGAAGAUGCGUGGUGAUAUCGACCGCGCAGAGUCUCGGGCGAACGGGGUACAGAAACCCCUCGACUCGGUACAGAGAGUCCUAGGCGAGGAGAGGUUGGCUGCAGCUCGCGCCUUCGCCUCAUAUUCUCUAGUUUCGGCCGUUAACUACGAGUUCUGGCUCGAGUUCGCUAGCGCCCAGCAGGACUCAGUCUCAAUAGAGCCUGUCGAUCGCCAGCUCGGCCACGAAGAGCCUCGCCCGUGGAUCGUCUUGCAGACAUGGUUCCCCGCUAACCUCCCCCCAUUCAUCUCGAAACCCGGACUUAGCCACGUCCCAACCCUCGUAUCCCACCUCUACGGAGAAAUCACUACCAAGAGGAGGACCAACUUAUCCAUCAGCCUCAACGGCUCGUUGACCGAGAGUCUUACUACCGAGACCCGCGUCAGGGACGCAUCCCUGCGACACCUCGUCGAGAAGGCUAUAGAAACGCAUCCGACAUAUCACGACCUGCCUACGGACCUCUUCGCCAUAGCCGUCUGGCAGCUGGUGCUACUCCUGAAGGCUAGGUGGGGUAUCGACAUAGGAGAAUCUCCGCUAACCAAGCUAAAAGUUUACCUGCAGCGCUCCCCCUGCCGGCCUAUAUACGAUGCUCUAGGACGCGGAAGCGGCAACCAGGGCAUGCUAACUGCAUGCCAGCAGCACGGCCACGUGUUCGGCGACACCGGGAUCGCGCUGCUAAAGCUUCCCAAGCUAGUAGACUACGUAAUCGUGGUACAUAUCUGCGACAAGCUCCUGCGAGCAGUAAGUACUAGCCGCUCAGACUUCUCCUCAACCGACUACGGAUCCUAA